AUGGCACACUCGUCCUCCAAAUUGGCUAUUGAAGCUGUGAGAAAGUAUAUCGAGAGUGUUCCAUGUGCCUAUGUCCAGGGUUUGUUAAUUCCGGCGGACAAACCUUACCCAAUGCUAGUGCCAGUUCCAGUGCUUGCACCACCGGGUCACAAAUACGAGCCUACCGCCGUCAACGCUACAAUGUACCUCACCAACUCGGCCUUGCCACUUGAUUUCCUUUAUUUCCAACUAAAGUGCCGAGGAAUAAGUGCCGAAAUUCUGACUGGGUGCAUUUUCGAGCAGAUGUCGUUCAGUGGUAACGCAAAUCUGACCUUACAAAAGAUGAUUGCGUCUUCUCGAGUCCAUGGACAUCUUCUUACUGUUCUUGUUGAUUUGGACGGCUAUCUUGUCAGCGCAGAGACCCGCGACGUCAAAGCUAUGUGUAACGGCCACUUGGGCAUUGCGGGCGCUUUCCUUCACAAAGCUGCCGAUUGGGAUGCCACCGCCGCCUAUGACAAAUUGCAAGUUCCCAGAGAGUUGUUCUCUGACCCUUUGCCUAUUUUUGACAACAUAACUAGUAUACGGGCCAAUGCACAUGCAUGGCGGAGACUCGGCUUAAAUAAGGCUCCGCCGUAA